GGGCGAGGCGACAUUACUGUGUUCUGUGCUCGGUGCUCUACAGAGUUGGUGUUGUAGCCGUCGGCUAAAUGUCUGUUGCAGGAACUAAAGUUUCAUUAACUGAUAUUCGGCGGAUAUUUUGGUGAAAUCUCACUGGAUUACGAACAUGUCUAUACUGCCGUUCACACCUCCGAUUGUGAAGAAGCUGCUUGGAUGGAAAAAAGGAGAGCAGAACGGACAAGAAGAGAAAUGGUGUGAAAAGGCGGUGAAGAGUCUCGUGAAAAAGCUCAAGAAGACGGGGCAACUUGACGAACUGGAAAAGGCCAUUACUACCCAGAAUAUAAACACCAAGUGUAUAACCAUACCGAGGUCUCUGGAUGGACGUCUGCAGGUAUCUCACAGAAAAGGCCUCCCUCAUGUAAUCUACUGCCGACUAUGGCGCUGGCCAGACCUGCAGUCACACCAUGAGCUGCGUGCUAUAGACCAGUGCGAGUUUGCUUUUCACAUGAAGAAGGAUGAGGUUUGCGUUAACCCCUACCAUUACCAGCGCGUGGAGACGCCAGUUCUUCCUCCAGUGCUGGUUCCCCGACACACUGAUAUCCCUGCCGAGUUUCCCCCGCUGGACGACUACAGCCAUUCUAUCCCCGAGAACACCAACUUUCCUGCAGGCAUAGAGCCUCUGAUCAACUACAUCCCCGAAACGCCCCCUCCAGGGUAUCUCAGUGAAGACGGUGAAAGCAAUGAUCAGCAGAAUCGCAGCAUGGACACAGGUUCCCCAAACUUGUCUCCUAACCCUGUUUCCCCUGCAAGUAGCAACCCUGACCUGCAACCGGUAACGUAUUGUGAGUCAGCGUUCUGGUGCUCCAUCUCAUACUACGAGCUGAACCAGCGGGUAGGGGAGAUAUUCCAUGCCUCACAGCCCUCUCUCACUGUGGAUGGGUUCACGGAUCCGUCCAACGCUGAGAGAUUCUGUCUGGGUUUGCUGUCCAAUGUGAACCGCAACACUGCUGUGGAACUCACACGCAGACAUAUUGGUCGGGGAGUGCGGCUGUACUACAUAGGCGGUGAAGUGUUUGCAGAGUGUCUGAGUGACAGUGCCAUCUUUGUCCAGAGUCCUAAUUGCAACCAGCGCUAUGGCUGGCACCCUGCCACCGUGUGUAAGAUUCCUCCAGGCUGUAAUCUAAAGAUCUUCAAUAACCAGGAGUUUGCGGCUCUGUUGGCUCAGUCUGUAAAUCAGGGAUUUGAGGCUGUGUACCAGUUGACCCGCAUGUGCACAAUCCGCAUGAGCUUUGUCAAAGGCUGGGGAGCAGAAUACAGGCGCCAGACUGUAACCAGCACCCCCUGUUGGAUAGAACUACACUUAAACGGCCCCCUGCAAUGGCUAGACAAGGUGCUCACUCAAAUGGGCUCACCGAGCAUCCGCUGCUCCAGCGUGUCAUAGGAGGCACAUCACCACUGGAUUUGCACCCAGGAAAACACCAACCACCUGCAUACUGAAUGAGAAAACACGAGAAGGCUGGGCAGAGACGGACAGACAGACAUGAUCUCAAGUCUUUCCUUUUAGUGUCACUUCACUGCUUGCCGGUCCAGUCAUUUCCACACACAGAGUUUCGAGCACUUUUUAUUAUUGAUAUCUUUACAGCAUGGCUUGUAUAGCUGUGCAUGAUAUGUAGAUUUGUUUUGGUCAUACAAAGAAAAUAUAUAUUUUGGCUUCUUUUUUUUUUUUUUUUAAGCCUGGCUUAAAACAUGAACUUACAGAGUUUAAACACUUUAUAUUCAUUGAAGGUGGAUAUGGAUAAAUAACUGGUGAAGUAGAUUUUUAUCAUUCAUCACAUGCAGCUUAUCACGUACUGCAAGAUUUAUGUAACACUCUGUAAUUUAGAAAGUGGAUCUCUCUCAGGCCCAGCAGUUUGCUGUGCACACGUUUAGGUGCGUGAGAGUUUAAGCCUAGCUGUCGGCUGUUUGAAAGUGAACAGUAGCUGGGUACUGCUCUUAUGGUGUGCUGGUGCUCACAUGCCACAUUGAUUAAACAUGCACUGAGCAGUUCAGCACAGUUUAUAGGAUGGUUCACUGCUGUUAACCUGGUUAAUGUUCUUUUUUCUUUGGUUAGAACUCUAGACAUCUCUUUUCAAGAUGAGACAAAAUGCAUCUUGAUACAACAUGCGAUGUCUGAUAUGUAUUACACACACGCACAUAAGAUUUAUGUUGUGACUUGGAGCUGUAUUUAGGUGGUACCAUGUAAUUCAGAUGCUACUAAAUUGAUGCCCCCCCCCCCCCCCAAAUAUUACCUGAAAAAGGUUUUACAUUUACAAUUUACUGCUGUGCUAGCUGGGAAACAACAAAGGAAUUGUGUUUGUAGUGCCCAGCAUCAUGCUUGGGAUUUGGUAUGAAGCUUCUCAAAUAUUCUCUAGAGAGCUAGAUGUCUUGCAGCUGCAGUUGAGUCUUGUGUGGUAAAUCAUGUUUAAAACUAUCCACUGUUGUACUGCAUCCACAAAAUAGUCGGCACGUGCUUGGGCAUAGAUCCUGUGUUCCACUUUGUUCAUGUUCAGAGCAUGUGAACAGUUUCUAAUUUUCAUUUAUUUAUUUAUUUUUCUUCCCCUUCGGCUGACCUCUGUUCAGGAUUGCCACAGUGGACCUCGUGGACCACAUAUUAGAUUUGGCACAGGGUUCUGAUAACCCUCCCAGAUUUAUCCAGGCUUAGGACUGGCACUGAGAUUUAACUCUUCAGUGUCUUGGUUUGUGCCCUUCCAUGGGAAUCGCCCACGGGCCGUGGCAAUGAGAGCGAAGGAUCCUUCCGCUGGACCACCUGGGGGCCAGUUUCUGAUCUUCAUCAAUACAAAAUUAAGCUCAAAGUAAAUAAAGUUACACGCCCAGGCCUGAUAUACUGCAUUUAAAUGAUCAGCUACAGCUUUCUCAGCUGUUCUCCAUAGCAAGUUGCAGUGCAGUUUACCUGGAAAAGGUUACAUGUGGCUCAGUGUAUCAGACUCAGCAAAUGUAAUACAGUAAUGGUGUUUCAGUCAAAUGAAUAUCAUUAACUAUGUUCAUUCGGACGGCUUUUGGUUAUGAUAAUUUGUAUCAUAAAUACUGAAAAUGGUGCAUUUUUAUGGUACUUAGUCCAGUGUAGCACAACCAUUACCAUAUGAAGCACUUGUUUUUAUUACUUUAUCAAUGGCAACAAAGCAUUUAAUUCAAUGCUGGAUUUUGGGAAAUUUGUUAGUGACAAAUGGGGGGGGGAUCUUGAGUGUAAUUAUUUCUGCAUAACACUGAGUGCAGUGGUGUAUUUUUGCUGUCACUUACAGUAUAUUAUGGCAGAGCCUUAUAAGAAUGGCCCCAAUGAGCAGCACAGACACAGUCACUUGACAUUUUUUUAUUUUUUAUUUCUCCUGAUCUGCUCCUUUUUUUUGGUGCAGCCUCAGCUUUACUAAAGUGCUUAGUGACUGAAAGCCUUUAUGAAUCAAGAAACAUUGCAUGCAGCAGCUACAGCUAUUCAAGGCAGUAUAUGUAAUAUCAGAGAACCAGGAAAAACAGUAUGAUUAUAAAUAGAUCGUAGAUGGAAGGGGUUUUUUUGUGUGUGUUUGUUUUCAAAUUUCUCAACCUUGAAUUUUAGACCCAGGCAGCCUGUGGGUGUGCCGACCCAAGAUCAUCGUCCGUUACUGCUUUUACCCUUGCACUUGUGUAUAUAGAUAUGAGAGAGUCCCAAUCUUACCUGCAGGUUUUUCACUCGCAUAGCAGAUACAACUAGCCCAAGAAAUACAUGCAGGAUAUACAUAGAUAUACAUAGACCUUCACAUCCUAUGGGUGCACUGCAGUUAUUUGUGAAGUUAAUUCACUCACAAUAUACCAGUCUGUAUGGCAGGAAAAACAAACAAACAGCAAAUUCAAACUCAGGUCCAUCUGGCCAUGUGAAAGAAAACUGCUUCUUGCACACAUUUAUAUAUAGUCAAUUUUGUCACUGCCAGUUAUUACUGUGUCAAAGAAAAUGGGCGAUCUAUUGUAUAUUGAAGACUAUAAAGAUAUUUUUGGAACGAAUGUUAGUGUGAGGAGAACACUGCUGGCAGCUCCUAGUGGAUGCUCACUUUUUUUUUUUUUUGGUUUGUUUUUUUAACACAGGUUGAAAUUGUGUUUUUUUUUUUUUGAGCCAGGUCCUACAGUGUAUUUCCUUGUAUGUAGUUAUGAGGUUAUGAUUAUAUAAUUACAGACUUGAUCCUUUUUGAUUAAUUGCAUUGUCUUGCAAUUCUUGAGUUACCAGUAAAGCUCAGCAGUUGUGCUUGAUUUGAGAGCAGGUACACUGCAGACCCCAGCUGCCUCCUGCUGAUAGCUCAGGCAAUCACAUGUUGAAAUAUCGCUCACUCGAUUCCUCUCAAAGCUCUUACAGCUGAUUUAUGGAAAAUGAGCCUGUGUCAUCAAUGAAGUCGUAAGGAACUGCAUUUACAGAAUUGUUGAUCCCUGUGGUUUGAUCUUCUCUUAACACCGAGCCCUAAACUGUGCAUCCAGUGCUGAGGACCCUGCUGGAUCUGUAGUGUCAGCAGUGUCCAUGUAGGGUUAUGAUUCUUGUCGAUUUCUUUUUUUUUUUUUUUUUCAAAUUGAAAUACCGCUUUGUAGUAUCAUGUUCUUAUCCAUACAUAUGCUCAUUAUGUGAUGCAAAUGUAAAUCUCUGUUUCUGUCUUAUGGUUUCAAUGCUUAAUAAUUACCCCUAUAUAUUUUUCUGAUGUUGCUUCGUUUCCGUUUGCUUUAAAUGUGUUUUUUUCUCCACUACUGUUCCUGCAUAGAUUUUCCUUACAUUAACUGUUUAGCUAUUAUAUUGCUUAAUUUUGUUAUUCAAAAGAUUUGUAAUAAAAUGUGUAUUUUAAACUGAA